UUGUAGAUCAGAUGACGGCUUCUGGGCUAUGGGAUAAACUGUGUGACUAGAACAACUCUAUCACAAACAGACUAUAUAAGAAGCAACGAAUUUACACCAUCCGGAUGUCCGAAAGUACUCAGACUUUGUAAGUAAAAAACAAAAGAUAGAGAAGCAGCAACAGUAAGAAGAAAAUGGCGGCGAAAAAUGCUUCAGCGCAAGGAUUUAGUAAAGAAGAAAAAGAAAACAUGGCAGUAUGGCUUGUUGGUCCUAAAACCCUCCAAAUUCAGCCUUACAACCUUCCCUCUCUUGGGCCUGAAGAUGCAAGAAUCAGAAUCAAAGCUGUAGGGAUUUGUGGAACUGAUGUUCACUUCUUCAAGGAGUUGAAAAUAGGCGAUUACAUAGUAAAAAAACCGAUAGUCCCAUGCCACGAGUGUGCCGGAAUAGUCGAGGAAGUCGGGGCCGGCGUCAAGCACCUGUCGCCGGGCGACCGUGUGGCCAUCGAGCCGUCAAUAGGGUGCUGGCAGUGCCACAGCUGCCGCCAAGGAAGAUACAACAUCUGCCCCGAGUUGAAGUUCUUUUCCAUUCCCCCUGUCAAUGGCGUCCUCGCCAACCGCAUCGUCCAUCCCGCCAAAAAUUGUUUCAAACUCCCCGACACAUUGACCCUCGAGGAAGGCGCACUGUGUGAGCCCCUCAGCUGUGCAAUACACGCUUGUCGACGCGCCAACAUAGGUGUCGAGACCAAUGUAUUGAUUGUUGGGGCCGGCCCGAUUGGGCUCCUCACAAUGCUUGCGGCUCGGGCUUUCGGAUCCCCAAGAAUCGUGGUCCUCGACAUCGAGGAUUCCCACUUGGAAGUGGCUAAGAAUCUUGGGGCUGAUGGCGUUGUCAAGGUUUCGACAAAUAUUGAUGACGUGGAAAAAGAAGUAGAGAAAAUUAAGGAUGCCAUGGGUGCAAGGAUUGAUGUAAGUUUCGAUUGUGUAGGGCUUAGCAAGACAAUUUCGACGUCACUACAAGCCACGACAUCAGGUGGAAGGGUUUGUCUUGUCGGAUUAGGGCACGCCAAUAUGACUGCACCUCUAACCGGAAACGUCGCAAUAAGAGAGGUGGAUCUUGUGGGAACAUUCACCUACACAAACACAUGGCCAUUGGCGAUCGAGCUUAUAAGGAGCGGGAAGAUAGACGUGAAGGCGUUGAUCACACACAGAUUUGGGUUCUCCCAAAAGGAGGCUCAAGAAGCUUUCGAAACGAGUGCAUAUGAUGGCAAUGCAAUUAAGGUCAUGUUCAACCUCUAAUAUAUAUAUAUGGAACCAAAUUAAUGAGACACCAGUUGGGCUGUCUUCAUAACCAACAAAACAGCUGCUGCUCUAUCAAUA